AAUGGAUAGGUCUUAAUUUAUUUAUUUUUCCCUAGUGUAACUCAAUACUUUUUUAAUUCGUUUGAUGGCAAGAGUUUGUUCUGUUGUCCGCACCGGCCCAUGAUCUUUCUUCUUCCGCCGUCGUCGUCACUCGUCAGUCACCAAUGAAGAGCUUUGCCUCUGACCUCAACUCUGCACUGAAAUGGCACUCCCGUUUCAGAACUCGAAACGUUUUAACUCUUUCUCUCUACUCUACCGCCACCACCACGGCUGCAACUAUUGACGAUCGUUUCCGCGAUGGUAAAAUGCGUUCUCUGUACCGUAGAAUAUCUCCUAAUCUACAUUCGGUUUCCAUUCUUCCGGUUCUCGACCAGUGGAUCGAAGAAGGUCAAAAGGUCAAUAGGUUUGACCUAGUUGGUAUCAUCAACGAACUCAGGCAUUACAAACGCUAUAAUCACGCUCUUGAGGUAUGUAUGUGGAUGUCUGACAAUAGAUACUAUCCAAUUACAUACACUGAUGUUGCAAUUCGGCUGGACCUAAUCUCGAAAGUUCAUGGGAUAAAAGAAGCUGAGAAUUAUUUUAAUGACAUUCCAAUGCAAUUGAAAGUUGCUGAGGUUUAUAGUGCUCUACUCAACUGCUAUGCUUAUGCAAAACAGGUGGUGGAAGCAGAGGCAACUAUGCAGCAAAUGAAGGGUUUGCGAUUUGCCAGUACAGCAUUGCCCUAUAAUGUAUUGCUUAAUUUGUAUUAUCAAACUGAGAAUCGUGAAAAAAUUGAUUCCCUGAUGAAAGAAAUGGACGAAAAGGGCAUCCGUUAUAACAAAUUUACAUACAGCAUCUGGCUCAGUUCAUAUGUAGCAGAUACCAAUGUGACAGGAAUUGACAAUGUUCUCAAAAAGAUGUCAUCUGAUUCGGAAGUUACUGUUGACUGGCUAAUAUAUUCUGUCGCAGCAAAUGGAUACAUUAAAGCUGGGCUUGUGGAAAAAUCUUUGGCAAUGCUGAAAAAAUCUGAGGAACUUAUGUUAACUGCCAAGAAACUGAGUUCAGCAUUUGAGUGCCUCCUCACACAAUAUGCAGCCAUAGGGAAGAAAGAAGAAGUAUUAAGACUAUGGGAACAUUUUAAAAUAAAGCAUGAGGUUUAUAAUAAGGGAUACUUAAGCAUGAUAACCUCACUGUUGAAGCUUGAUGAUAUUGAAAGUGCCAAUAAGAUCUUUGAGGAAUGGGAAUCCAAGAAGGCAAAAUAUGACAUUCGAAUCCCAAACUCCUUAAUUGGUGGUUACUGCAGGAAAGGUCUUCUAGUGGAGGCUAAAACCUUGGUUGAUCGAGUCAUAUCAGCGAAUGAGAAACCAAAUGCAAAAACUUGGAAUCAUUUCACAACAGGUUACAUUAUGCAUAACCAAAUUGACAAGGCAGUUGAAGCACUCAAAGAAGAAAUCUUGGUUGCUGAACCUAGGCAGAAGCCAAGCAAGGAUAAUUUGGUUGCGUGUUUAGAAUUCUUGAAAGGAAAAGGAGAUAUCCAGGGAGCAGAAGAAAUUAUAAGGCUACUUAAGCACAAGGGGUUUGUUGUGUCUGAAGUUUCGGCAAUGGAUGUUGAAAAAGAUAAAAGAAGGGUAACCAAGAACAGAAAAUUACUUAAAGAUAUGCAAGGACAGAAGGAUGGAAGGAAAUAGAGGAAUUGGUACUACUUGUGAAAUUGUAUUACUUUGUAAAAUACUUUAAUGUGGAAACAAAUUAGCUUGUAUUCAAAUCAAGUUUUAUGGGUUAAAGUGAAAAUUAUUUAGCCAAAAAAAAUGGCUUACUUGAAGUUGAAAUGGUGUGCAGUUGAAUGUUCGGAUUAUACAUGUCUUCUUCGUAAGAGGACUCUCAUUUUGACCAAUAAAGUAUAGUGAUGCUCUCAACA